AUGGCAGCUGCAACUACAGCAUGGCCAGAAAAACAAGGACAGCCGCCCUUGACACGCAGCCAAUCGAUGACAGAUUACGAGCUCCCUGAUUUGCAUGAUCCGACUAUCUUGGCCCGAUUGCUCCUUGAUGAUUUGAAUGGAGAGGUUGACAUCAAGUUGGUUCGGGGCGAGUUCCUCGCAGAGUUGUGGAAAAGCGGCAGGACAUUCAUUCGCCGCCAAAACGCGGAGGAAGAAUUCUGCAGGCGGGAUUCUAGAGAAGACAAUGUUUUCGUCAGCAGGCCAGAAAUUGAGAAGUGGAAGAACAAUGAACACUAUCGUUCCAAAAUCCGCAUCAUUGCAUUUUCACAUGUGUGGGAGUCGAAGCAGCAUCCGGAUCCAACUGGCAAUCAGUUGUCCGCUCUAAUGAGUGCCAAAUUGUGGCAUGACCAGUGGAGCUGGUAUUUCAUCGAUUACAUGUCCCUUUUACAGUAUCCUCGAAGCAUGCGUGAGGAGGUAUGCUUCAAAAACGCUUUGACUAAGAUGCAUGUGAUGUAUGCGCAUGACUUCUCAUUUACCUACAUCUUGCCUCAUGUCAGUGAAGCUGAUGAGCUUGAUGCAGACAGGAUUGUGAGAUGUUGGUUUGAGGACGGCUAUAAAUACGUGAAACUUUGCCAGCUGCAAAAAAAUGUCAAUCCAUAUGACCAGCGAGGUUGGUGUGAGGCCGAAAGCCAGUGGUCUAGAAUGCGCAGUCGCACGGAUCGAACCUUCGUGUUGGGGCAGAUGUCCGACGGCAUCUUUGCCAGAGCUCCAAUGGACAUGGAGAGCUUUAAGGCCCAGGUGAAUGGGGGCAAGCUGGUCUUCACUAACAAGGAUGACAUGCCCGAGGUUAUGAAGCUGCAGAGGACGGUUUUCCUUCAAAAGGCACGGACCAGUGUGACCUUGAGACUGAUGAAGUUGCCGCAAUUGGAGACUCAAGUGCUUUCCAAGAGUGUUCAAUUCUACACAUCGCUCCAGCUCCUCUCAAUCACAGACAGCCGCUUCCAAGCUGACAAGGUUAAAGACUUUGUCCAAGCCAUAGCGCGGCUGGGCAACCUGAACGUGCUCAUUCUUGACAGGAACCGCAUCGACGACGAGAUUGCCACGGAGCUCGCUCCCGUGCUUCGUUACAUUCCACAUGUCAGCCUAGCCAACAACUUCAUAGGCAAGGCUGCAAUGCAAGCCAUGGUAGAUGCACUGACGACCCCCGAUAGUUGCCGCGACUUGCGCAGCCAGAGCCUGAAUUUGGAGAAGAACCGCAUUUGCAACAUGGGUGCUGAGAUACUGUCCUGGAGCCUUGCCGCCAAAACCUGCAGAGUGGUGAACCUUAACCUGAAUUGCAAUGCAAUUGGAGUGGAGGGAGCACAGGCUCUUGCUCACGCCAUCACGAAAAACAGCAGUCUUCGAAUCUUGAGUUUGGAAGAGACCAAUAUAUGCCUUGAUGGGGCCGAAGCUCUCGCUGAAAGCAUCAGAUCCAAGCCUUUUCUCCGGCUCGAUUUGGUGAACUGCGGUGUUGAUAGGAAGGACUGGUGGAAGCUGCUGAGACGGUUCGGCUUCAGAGUAGUGCGUGGUUCACCUUCAGAAGCCGUCCUGCAAACCAAUACUCACGUCUUUCUGAUGCUCGCUUUGUUUUUGGUCCCAGCAGUUAUCAGUCGGCUCUCGGGCCUGGCCAACAUGUUCCUUCUGCCGUCGGAUGCCAUUGCGCUAGUGCUAGCACUGCCAGGGUUUUUAGUCACGUUUAGCUUGAUGACAGGUCUGGUUGUCAAAGCUUAUCUUCCCAUGAGUGCCGCAAUGUCUUCUCGGAGGUCGUGGUACAGAGGCUUAUGCAAGCCAGCGCUGGUCUGGCCCCUUGCCGUCCUCUCUAUAAUCACCCGCCGCUGUUGUGCAGGACCAUGGAGAAAGCUUUUUUCGUCGGUAUGUGUUGUUUCAGGCUUCAUGAUGAGUCCUGUGGUUGUGGCGGUCCUCACCCUGACGGAGACGAUGCCUAGAUGCAGCGUCGUCGAAGCUGGCUUAUGUGCUUGGGAGGGACUGGCAUGUCAACUCUGCAGUUUGCUCUCAUUUGUUUUAGGAAUUGUUCACGGAUCGAUUCUUCUGCUGUGCGUAUUGGCUUUUUGGGCUCUGCCAUGGUCUGAUGAAGAAGACAGCAUGACGUGCAUUCACAGAUUGAAAAGACUGAGAUCACGGAUAAUAGGGUUUUGCGAGCGGUACUGGCUGGAUUGUCUUCAGGCUCGUCUACUCGAGAACGGCAGUAAAGAGUGGGAGUCGUCGGAUGAAGUGCAUUAUCUUGCCUACAUGAUAGGCAUUGCGGAUGCUUUGCCUCUUAUAAGACUGAGAGGCUCGAGGCUGGAGCAGUCUCUUUGA